AUGGCAGACGACACCUUGCGCAAUGGCUUCCUUGCUAAACCCAAAAAUCUCUUCCAGGACCCCGAAGCCAGAUGUCGCUGGAAGCUCGAUUGCCUACUGCUGGUGUAUGUCUUCAUUGCCGGGAUCUUGAAAGAAAUGGACCAGGAUGCGACCACGCAAGCCUACGUCAGCGGAAUGAAGGAAGACCCACCAUUUAACAGCAACGAGAUUGUGUGGUUCCAGACCUACUUCUCCAUUCCCUACGCGGUAUGCAUCGUCCUAGCCCAAAUCAUCCAGACGAAGGUGCGGCCAUCACUGUUUUUGCCAGCGUGUGAGAUCUGCUGGGGUAUCAUGAUGCUCUUCACCUACCUCGCUCGUUCAGCGACAACGAUCUACAUCCUCCACUUCUUCCUUGGCAUGUUCUCUGCUAGGUCUUGGCCUGGUAUUGUCGCGUUGCUGUACAACUGGUACACACUUACGGAACUUGUCCUCAGACUCGCCAUCUUCAACAUGUCAGAUGUCGCCGGAAGUGUGUUCUUAGGACUUGCGCAGGCUGAAUUGCACAGAAGUCUGGACGCGUUCUGCCAGUACGCAUGGUCCAAUCGUGCCAACGCCUACUUCUUGCUUUACCUCAAAGACGUAGCAGACCUCGCAGGCCACAAGCUCUACUCCACCUACCAGGUCAAUGCAAUUCCCUUUGGCGGCUAUACUUUUACCAUUGCCGCCCGCAUAGUCUACAGUUCGAUAUCAGGUUGCAAGCAAUGGAGAUGGCAAGUGUACAUCUUCCUCGCGUGGGUCCACGUCGUUUCCACAGCUGUGCUUGCAGUCUGGCCGAAGUCCCAUGCGACCAUCAUGGCAUUCUACUUCCUCACAUGUAUGACGGAAGCAGAUUUCCCAAUUCUGAUAGCUUGGCUCGGCGAUAUUUUGUGAAAAGAACCCGAGGUCCAAGCGAUCGUGGUAGGAGCGUCUGUUACGAUUGUGUACGUCGGUCACACAACAAUCCCUCUGCAGGCUUGGGGAGUUGGAGAUUGUCCCACGUAUCCCAUCGACUUUCCGCUUGCAGCAUCCUGGUCGUGUUGUUGAUCGUCUGGUAUCUGAGCAAUUACCCAACCUUGCUGGAAAACGGAUUCGGCGAUGCGGUAGACGAAGAUGAGGUUGUAACCAAGGUGGAGUCACUUGAGAUGAAGGCCCGAUAUGGAGGGGAGACGAAGCAGUCUGAGCAGGAGAUGGUGCUUCGUCUCUUGGGUUGUUGAGA